UAGAAACCCAGCGCGCACCCAAGAGCUGACUUCAUUUCCCAAAUUUAGCAAAAAAAAACUUCUCUCUCUCUCUCUCUCUCUGUCUCUCUCUCUCUCUCUCUCUGUCUCUCUCUCUCUCUCUCUGUGUCAUCCGGGUGUGACGAGAACGAGUUUGCAGCAAUGCUGGCUACCCUACUCGGUGUAAAGCGUGGGUCUUGAGAUCAGUCAAAACAGAGGAAUUUCUUCCCCACCGUACCCCCGGGGCCGCUACAAUGGAUUGCACUAUUAAGGAGGCUCUGAACGCUGUGAGUGAGAAUCAGGGCCUUUACGAAUCCUCCUACACCCCAGGGCACCUGAUCAAACCCGAGAUCCCUGCCGGGGUCUACACACACUCAGCCAAGGGUAGUCCGGAGGUCGGAGACCCAGACUGGACCAGCCAAACCACUCGGGUGACGGUGAAACAGGAGGUGGACCAGGUGAAUGGAACCAGCGAGUCUCCGGUGGACUGCAGCGUGGUCCGCAGGGGCAAGAUGGUGAGCGGCGCGGACGGCGGGCAGGUGGUCUAUAGCGCCGGCUACGGUGGGGAGCAGCGGGACAGUCCCCCGGCCAGCAGCAACACCGAGAAGAGGGUCAUUGUUCCCGCAGACCCCGGGGUGUGGAGCCAGGACCACGUCCGUCAGUGGCUGGAGUGGGCAGUCAAGGAGUACAGUCUGUCGGACGUGGACGGCAGCGUCUUCCAGAAUAUCGACGGCCGGGAGCUGUGCAAGAUGACCAAGGACGACCUGAUGAGGCUCACCACUGAGUACAACGCCGACAUCCUCCUCUCCCACCUCAGUUACCUCCGUGCAAACAGUCCUACCUUCACCUAUCCGAAUGCCAGCUCACACCCACAGCAAACCAACCGACCUCCUGUCAAAACAGAAGCCGUGUACGAGGAGCCUCGCAGAACAAGUUGGGUCGGGUGUACAAACACCAUGACGAAAGGUUCCCCACCACAGCCCCCAACCCCUGGCAGACCCACCGAGCAGCCACGUUUACACCCAGAUCCCUUCCCGGUCCUGACAACGGCAACCGGUCGCAUUACGGGUACAGGGAGCGGACAAAUCCAGCUGUGGCAGUUCCUGCUGGAACUCCUGUCAGACGGCUCCAACUCUGCCUUCAUCACCUGGGAGGGCGCCAACGGCGAGUUCAAGAUGACCGACCCGGACGAGGUGGCCCGGCGCUGGGGAGAGCGCAAGAGCAAGCCUAACAUGAACUACGACAAGCUCAGCCGCGCCCUGCGCUACUACUACGACAAGAACAUCAUGACCAAGGUCCACGGGAAGCGUUACGCCUACAAGUUCGACUUCCAGGGCAUCGCCCAGGCUCACCAGCCCCACCCGCCAGAAUCUCCCAUCUACAAGUACUCGACGGAACUGCCUUACGCCCCGGCCUACCACGCACACCAGCAGAAGAUGAAUUUCGUGGGGCCGCCGUCCCACCCGUCUCCCAUGCCUGUCUCCUCCGCAGCCUUCUUCGCCCCCGGCAAUGCCUACUGGAGCUCAGCGUCCACCACCAUGUACCCGGCGCCCAGCGUCCCCCGGCUCCCGGCUCCGUCUCACGUGCCUUCCCACCUGGGCACGUUCUACUGACGGAAGAUCAGAAGGUCAACAGGACUCGGCUGUUGGUGGACUCUGCCUCCGGGACACAUCUCUCCCCAUGGCAAAAGCUUUCUCCCUGUCCCCUCCUUCCUCCGACCCUUAAUCCCCAGCACCCGUCGAGGCAUCUUCCUUGCUAAUGUACUGCAGGAUGGAUCGACCCAGCAGAUCCACACCUCCCUGUAAAAUGUGGUAUAUUUUCUUUUGCUUCGGACAUUUACAAUGCUAUCGAUAUCUUACAGACAAUUAGUGACAACGUUUCUCGUAGACAAUCCUGCCACUUGUCGUAACUAGUGGUUUGAGAUAUAUAUAAACAUAUAUGUGUAUAAUUGUGGCUAUGAAGGAUACAUUGUUCUUGAAGGACAGUUGACAACUGAGUUCGCAGCUCACUUUGGAUCCCACUGUGCCGGAAACCCGAGUCGCGCUGGCUUCUCGGUGGUCUGCACGCAUCCGGCUCAGGGUCGUCUGGUGGAGCACCCCUUCCCCACGUCCCGCCACACCCGAGCCCAGCUGCACGAGUUGGCAAUGGGGGAGGGCGUCCUUUCUCGAUGGGCGCGGUUGGGGGUCGGCAGGGGCGGUGAUGGGGUGGGGAGUGGGUUCAGUG